AACUCACCAAAACAAAAUUUAAUUUCCUUUAUCUUUUUAGCAUCAUCUCAACUAUUUAAUAAAAAAAGAAAAAAGAAGAAAAAAAGAAAAUAGAAAAGAAUCAUUUAAUCCUUCUUCUACACUUUUUUUAUAUAGUUUCUCUACUCUUCGUAUAGCUAAUUAUCUCUUUGAAUAACUUUUAAUGGAGUCUUACAUCCUAAAGAUCACCGUUAUUCUUUAUAUAACAAUAACAGCUACCGAAGCGACUUUUUUACUUCCUACAGGAGGCGCAUUAGGAGGGAGCUUACAAAAUGGAGGUGGUGCAAAUAUUGGUGGUAACUUCGAUCUUAGCCAUCAACAACAAAUUGGAGUUUCUGGUGGACUUAAUAAGGGAAUUUAUGCUGGAGGUCAAGGGGCGGUCCAAGGGACAAUACAAGGUCAAGCACAAUUGGGUUCUGAAUCCAAUAUUAAUGCGAAAGUUUCAGGUUCAGGUUCAACCCAAGGUCAAGUUGGUUUGGGUGGCGGCGGCCAAGGUAAUACUCCUUCGGGUAGCAGCCUUAACGUUGGUAAACAAUUUGGAGGUUCUAUAGGCGCUGGUGUUGGUGCAAAUGUUGGAAGUCCAUCUUCAAGCCAAGUAUCAAGUUCUAUAGACACCGGUCUUAAUGCUAAAGCGAGUGCUUCGGGCAAUGCUAAUUUGGGUGGCAACAAUAACUCUGGUAAAAAAAGUGGAGGUUCAGUCGACCCUAGUGUUACUGCAAAAACAGGAGCUUCAGGUUCAGCCCAAGGGUCAGGUACAACCCAAGGUCAAGUUGGUUUGGGUGGCGGCGUCCAAGGUAAUACUGGUUUGAGUAGCAGCCUUAACGUUGGUAAACAAUUUGGAGGUUCUAUAGGCGCUGGUGUUGGUGCAAAUGUUGGAAGUCCAUCUUCAAGCCAAGUAUCAAGUUCUAUAGACACCAGUCUUAAUGCUAAAGCGAGUGCUUCGGGUCAUGCUAAUUUAGGUGGCAACAAUAACUCUGGUAAAAAAAGUGGAGGAUCAGUCGACUCUAGUGUUACUGCAAAAACAGGAGUUUCAGGUUCAGCUCAAGGGUCAGGUACAACCAAAGGUCAAGUUGGUUUGGGUGGCGGCGUCCAAGGUAAUACUCAUUUGGGUAGCAGCCUUAACGUUAGUAAACAAAUUGGAGGUUCUAUAGGCGUUGGUGUUGGUGCAAAUAUUGGAAGUCCAUCUUCAAGCAAGGUAUCAAGUUCUAUAGACACCAGUCUUAAUGCUAAAGCGAGUGCUUCGGGUCAUGCUAAUUUGGGUGGCAACAAUAAUUCUGGUAAAAAAAGUGGAGGUUCAGUCGACUCUAGUGUUACUGCAAAAACAGGAGUUUCAGGUUCAGCCCAAGGGUCAGGUACAACCCAAGGUCAAGUUGGUUUGGGUGGCGGCGUCCAAGGUAAUACUCAUUUGGGUAGCAACCUUAACGUUGGUAAACAAUUUGGAGGUUCUAUAGGCGCUGGUGUUGGUGCAAAUAUUGGAAGUCCAUCUUCAAGCAAAGUAUCAAGUUCUAUAGACACCAGUCUUAAUGCUAAAGCGAGUGCUUCGGGUCAUGCUAAUUUGGGUGGCAACAAUAAUUCUGGUAAAAAAAGUGGAGGUUCAAUCGACUCUAGUGUUACUGCAAAAACAGGAGUUUCAGGUUCAGCCCAAGGUUCGGGACAGGGUCAAGCUCAAGAUCAAGCUCAAUUCGAUAAAAAAAUUAAUUCUGAUAAAAAAAGUAAAGGUUCGGGUUCAGGUCAAGCAUCUAACGGGUCUUCUACAAAUUCAUCUGGAAAGUCUUCUGGACAAACAUCUAAUAAGUCUUCUGAAAAAUCUUCACACAAGAAAGCAAGUCAGUACUCUACAUCUUACCAAAAAGAGAGUCAAUAUUCUAGAAAAUCAUCAGGCCACACAUCUAAGCAAUCUUCUACAUCCGUAAAAAAUACUAGUGAACUAAAAUCUGGCCAAAAUUUAGAAAAUUCUAGUCCAUCAUUGGGAACAUCUCCGGUACAAGGAUCGGGUCAAGCAUCUGACCAAUCUUCCAAAUCAUCUUCAACACAUGGUUCAAGUCAAACUACGAGUAAAUCAUAUGGAACAUCUAAAGAUCAUCGAUUUAAGAAAUCUCCUGGACAAGGAUCACGCCAAGUAUCUGGAGAAUCAUCGAACAAAGAGAAAUCAUCUAAUCAAUCCUUCAAAAUUGGAAAAUCAACUAAAAAAUUUCCAGGUCAUCAAGCAUCCGAUGAAGCAUCUGCAAAGUUUUCAAGCCAAGCAUCUGGCGGAGCUCGUGAAAAGUCUUCAACACAAGGAUCAAGCCAAUUCUCAACUCAACAUAAGAAAACCUCAAAGCAUGCAUCAAAUAGUUUUUCUUCAACGUCUUCAAGCAACUCUUCUGGAAAAUGCACAUGUCAAGAUUCAAAUAACCCGUCAUCCGGACAGCCUUCUAGGAAGCUCUUAGCUAAUGCCUAGUCCAAAAAAAUAAUAAAAGAGGGCAUAUAAUACUAUUAUAUAUCACUCUAUUUUAUUAUUUACUAUUUUGUGUGUCACAUGCAUAGUAAUUACCCUGGAUCUUACAUAAUAUAUCAUAGAGUCUGUAAUGAUAUCUUGACACAUGGCGAUAUAUUCAUUUAAUAUAUUUAUAUAAUUAUUUUAUGAUUCUA